GGUUUUCGUUAUUCUCAUAUGUUGCAAUAAGUUCCACAAGCAAGACUUUCCUCUUCCAAUAACAAUCUCCAUUGGGCUUCGCCCUCCAUUUAAACAAAAAAUAACAAUCUCCAUUAGUCUAGGCGUGUGUUAGGGAGCGUUUCUUUUUUAAACAGAGCAAUUACAGUCUCUCUUAAUUACUUGUAAAUGAUCCAUCCUCUAUUGUGGGUAGUUUUUAUCAGACAAAAUCUUCAUCCUUAAUAACUCCGAACCUUCAAUUCCAAUCAAUCACCACCGGAAAGUUUGGGGGCUUGAUUUUCGCUCCUUUAAAGUUUGCAGCGUCGGUAUGAAAAUGUGAAAUUCCAGAGCAGAAGAGUCAUGUCUUUUUGUGGGUUAAGUGUUGCUCUGAGCCUUGUGUUUGGGGGGUGCCUUGUGCUGGCUGUGGUUGCACAGCUUUACUACUUCUUGUGGUGGAAGAAGAGAAAACACUUGGAUAUUGAAAUGGGUGUGGGAAAUUAUGCAAAAAGGUUGUCUUUUUGGGGUUGCUGGACAAAACCGUGCUCCAUGCAUGACGCGUCCACCAACCCCGUGGAUCUCUGGCCACAGAUUGUUGUGGCCAGAGACACCGAAACUCCAGGUCGUGAACCGGACCUAGAGUUAGGUGUUGGCGGUAAUGAUUUGGUGGCUAAGCCCUGUGGGGAAGAAAGUGUGGAGGUAGAAUUGAUGAGGCUGCACAAUUUGGCUGGUCCACCAAGGUUUCUCUACACAAUCACGGAGGAAACUGAAGAGGAUUUGGAAUCUGAAGAUAUUAGCAUAAAGGGUUCUAGAACAAGGAGCUUGAGUGAUUUUGAUUCACCCUUUCUUACCCCUAUGGCUUCCUCGCCGUUGAAGUGUUCUUUGGACAAUAUUGAUUCUUACAACAAGCAUCAAGGGUUCAAUCCUCUGUUUGAAUCAUCAGCAGAAUCAGAGUUCAACAGGUUUCGAUCUUCGCCGCCUCCAAAACUCAAGUUCUUGAGGGAAGCAGAGGAUAAAUUGUAUCGAAAAUUGAUUGAAGAAGGUCGGAGAAAGGCGAUGCAGAAUUCAUCUCAGGUUCUUCCCUUGGCAUCUUCUCCUACAACAUUCAGAACGGAAUUGCAUUAGCUCCUUAGAAUUUGGUCUCUGUUAUUUUAUUUCACUUUUCUUAUUGUUUAGUCAAUUUUUCUAGAUGACUCCUGCGAUAAUUUAGUAAUUUUUUUAUGUUUAACAAAGCAUUUUGAUUCAUUUUUCUUGGA